GAAAUCUCCACGCUAUCGAUCGAUCGACCGACCAGUGUAGUGUAAGCUCUUACCUUUACAUAAGCGAGCAACUCAGUUGCAGAGAAGCUCCAGCGCUCGACAUGGCCCUCUCCCCUUCGCAUCUCCAUCUGCAACUCCCCUCUGUUUCUUCUUCAUCUUCAUCUUCAUCUUCUUCAGAAACUCAAUUGUUGCUCUUCUCGGACUUCGCUAGUUCCCGUUUUAUCCGAUCAUUGUCGUUUUCACCAUCUCUUCCUUAUAUUUCGUUUCGGAGGAGCAGCGACGCUGUGUUUCCUGUCACAGCGAGGCUGUCGUACAGAGUUAGAAGCUUGACAAAAUCGACAGAGGAGGCGUGCAGCGAGGGCGAAACCAUCACCAGUGAAGGCGAGGAUGAGUGGAGGGAUGACGGCAAGGUUGAGCUCAAGAAUUCCAACGAUAACGGGUCUCCUGUCACUUCGACUUCCCAAGUCAACUCACAGAGGUGGUUAACGUCCUCUAGUGAUGCUCUUUCUCUGGGAAUUAGGGAGCCGGUGUAUGAGGUGGUAGAAGUGAAGUCAGAUGGAUUAGUAUCAACCAGAAAAAUUAACCGGCGACAAUUAUUGAAGUCAAGUGGUCUUCGACCUCGAGACGUGCGUAGUGUUGAUCCGUCCUUGUGGAUGACAAACUCAAUGCCCUCUUUGCUGGUCCGUGAGCAUGCUAUUCUAUUAAAUCUUGGGUCAUUACGGGCAAUUGCCAUGAAAGAACGUGUCUACAUAUUUGACUAUAACCGCAAAGGAGGAAAGGCUUUUCUAGAAGUAUUGUUGCCACGCCUAAACCCAAAAAACCCAAAUGGAGGGCCAUCAAUGCCAUUUGAGCUUGAGGUUGUUGAAGCUGCCUUGCUUUCACGAGUACAGCGUUUGGAGCAGAGACUAAUGGCUGUGGAACCUCGUGUUGCAGCAUUACUUGAAGUUUUACCAAACCGACUAACAGCAGAUGUGUUGGAGCAACUUCGGAUCAGUAAACAAACUUUGGUUGAAUUAGGUUCGAGGGCAGGAGCUCUGAGGCAGAUGUUGCUUGAUCUUCUAGAAGAUCCCCAUGAAAUACGCCGCAUAUGUAUCAUGGGGCGCAAUUGUACUUUAAAUAGAGGAAACAAUGACAUGGAGUGUUCUGCUGCAAUAGAGAAACAGAUUGCUGAAGAAGAGGAGGAAGAAAUUGAAAUGCUCUUGGAAAAUUAUCUCCAAAGAUGUGAAUCUUGUCAUGGCCAAGCAGAAAGACUUCUUGAUUCUGCAAAGGAGAUGGAAGAUUCUAUUGCUGUCAACUUAAGCUCUCGGAGGCUUGAGGUUAGCAGAGUGGAACUGCUUCUCCAGGUUGGGACAUUUUGUGUAGCAGUUGGUGCUUUAGUAGCAGGAAUAUUUGGGAUGAAUUUGAAGUCCUACCUUGAAGAGCAUGUGUUUGCAUUUUGGCUAACAACAGGAGGAAUAAUUGUUGGUGCUGUAGCUGUAUUUUUUAUCGUGUAUUCUUACCUUAAGGCAAGGAGAAUAUUAUAACCUAGACAAGUGAUCAAUAGGUGAUAUACAGUUAGAGCACUCUUUUUCUCUUUUGUUGUAUCAUGUAUGGAGGGAAGGAAUAGGAACCGGAAUAUCACAUUAUGUGGUAAAAGUUGGUUUCUAUUGUCAUGCUGUGAAUUAUAUCAACACUUCAGUAUUCCGUGGUUCCUAGGCAAGUGGAUAUCCAUUUAAAUGCUCUUUUUUCAUGGUUCUUGUAACAUGUAUCCUUGUAAUUCUUUUCAGAGAGAAUAAAACCAGAAAAAAGUAUUCUUGUUAGUCAAGAGGUUCUGUGGUCAUGUUAGCAAGGGUCCCAGAUUGGUAUAAACAAUUUGAUCAAAGAAUUACAUAGUGCGUUGUCAUGGUAUUAACAAUUAUAUUGAAUUUUUUGUAUUUUCUA